AUGUGCUCGCAAUCUGGUAACAUCCAAGACCUAGCCGCUUAUUCUGGCCAUUCACCUUCGUGUAUUGUCGGGUCGGAUUCGGAGCCUGACAGCUCUUCCAGACAGGACUACAACCAGCCGCCUCUACCCUCUGACAUGGGGCUUCGAUACAUGAACAUACCUGCUACAGAUGAUGUUCGGUGA